AACAAAAUGCCAUCUGCCACGCAAGCAAUUCGAGAUCCCUUUCGAAGGCGCAAAGAAGAAAAAAAAAAAAAACAUUCUGAAAGGGCAAGCACUAGAAGAUUCGUCCUCAUUUGAUGAAUGGAUCAACAGGAAAAUAACGGAUUUGGACCGAUUUUCAAGCCCCGCGGCAAGGCUGUCACUUUCGCUUCAGUAGUGAUAGCCAUUAUAUCUGGGGCCCUUCUUGUGUUUGCGCUGUGGGAGAGCGAAGAUAAGGACGGGAUAAACUUUGUGUUCUUUGCAACAGCCCUUCUUAUGCUAAGCGUAAUUAUAGGUGAACUAAUCAGAAGGGUGUCGAUGCUAGCUGAAGAAAUUCGACACAAGCAGACCAGAUAUCAAGGGGAAUGGAGGCGAGUUUUCAGAUCUACUUUCGCAUUUGAAUAUGGUUCUUGCAUUUUAGCUGUCGGUACCACUUCCGUUCUGUUUGUGUGUUAUGCUUUGUUGCAAAACUACGAAGCUUUUUUCCGCCUAGAUUAUGGCAUCUUCUUUAUUCUGAACUGUUUUGUGAUACCACAACUGGUUUUCAUCGUUGGUAUCAGAGAACCGAACACAGUGGAAGCAACAAUGUUGAACGAAAGAAAUAACAAGAACGUUGCUGACGGCUUUGCAUGGAACUACUACUUCGGCUACCUAAAGUUGGUUCUUCCUAGGCUUGAGGCUCAGAUUGCAAAAUCGUCGGAGUUUCGUUACAAGAUAACCAAGAAGAAACUUUACAUCUUGGUGCCGAAAACAUGUUAUGUUUAUGAUAAUAUUGCCGACGCAGAUCCCAGGGUUACUUGGGCCGGUGAUCUUACACCGUGUAAAAUCAACAGGGGAGGGAUAAAGGAAAGAAUUUACAAACAAGCAGUUUACCGCGUAGCGAUGACUGACAAACAUGAAUACUUCUUCAUUUUGGAAUACGCUUCCAAUCUUAUGUCCUUGUAUGACAUGUCUCUCCAUGAAGACGCUCCCUUGAGUCGCCAAGAGCGGGAUGAUCAGGUUGUUCUUUUCAUUCGCAAACUGAGGGAAAUUCUUGAGGGUUGUAAAGAAUGCAGAGGAAAGUGCGAAAUAGUUCCCAUUUCAGGAGAUGAAAAAUCAAAGAUAGCAGAUGUUCUGGUGGCAAUACAUAAUGCUACUCAAGUGGAGUCAGAUGAAGCCGACCUUUAGGUUUAAAGAGUGGAUGAUUGUAACCAACUGUUAAUGUCACAAAACAGCUUUUAAAUUCAACUCUUUCACUCCCAAGAUCGUUUUAGCAAUUCUCCUUACUGUCUGCCAUACAAUUCUUUUGAAGCAAGU